UUUGUUUGGUAGAGUUGAUCCUUUUCUCAUUCUCUCUGUCGCGGCGGUGGGUUGGAGCCGCUGUCCCCGGGCUGCGCGUUCCUUCGUGUUUAUUUCUCAUCCUUUGAUUCGAUUCCCCCCCUCUAAAUUUUGCAACCGGGCCUCACGACCGACAAACGGCCGUCUGCUCCUUCAUUUUAUUGUGUCAAAUUCCCGUCAAGAGAAAUAAUAAAGAUGGCGGUGAGCGGGAUGUCAGGCUCGGUUGUCGCCCGGCUCGAGGGCCGAGAGUUCGAGUAUCUGAUGAAGAAGCGCUCGGUCACCAUCGGUCGGAAUUCGUCACAAGGCUCCGUGGACGUGAGCAUGGGCCACUCGAGCUUUAUUUCACGGAGGCACCUCGAGAUUUUCUCCGCCGGCGAGGAUGGAACGGGAAGCGGAGAUUUCUAUCUUCGAUGCCUCGGCAAAAACGGGGUGUUCGUGGACGGGGUGUUCCAGAGGCGAGGGGCGCCUCCUCUGCAGCUUCCCCGCAUGUGCACUUUCCGGUUUCCCAGCACAAAUAUCAAAAUUACAUUCACGGCCUUGUCCAGUGACAAGAGAGAGCGCAGGAACGCCCCGGAGUCUCCUGUGAAAGCGGUCCAACCCCAGAUCUCGCCGCUGACCAUCAACAUUCCCGACAACAUCGCCCACCUGAUGAGUCCACUCCCAUCUCCGACCGGCACAAUCAGCGCUGCCAACUCAUGUCCGUCAAGUCCGCGAGGGGCGGGGCUUUCCAGCUACAAAAUGGGUCGUGGCCUCACGGCGGAUCUCAUCAAUGAAAACUCCCAAUCCGAGAACGACAAGGAAGCUUCCGGAGGAGACAGUCCGAAAGACGACUCCAAGCCUCCGUACUCGUACGCGCAGCUCAUUGUUCAGGCCAUCACAAUGGCUCCAGACAAGCAACUAACACUGAAUGGAAUAUAUACCCACAUUACUAAGAAUUAUCCAUAUUACAGGACGGCAGACAAGGGCUGGCAAAACUCGAUUCGUCACAAUCUGUCCUUAAACCGCUAUUUCAUCAAAGUGCCCAGAUCUCAGGAGGAGCCGGGCAAAGGCUCGUUCUGGAGGAUCGACCCCUCAUCCGAGGGAAAGCUGAUCGAACAGGCUUUCCGCAAGCGCCGGCCGCGCGGCGUUCCCUGCUUUAGGACUCCGCUCGGCCCGCUCUCAUCCAGGAGCGCUCCAGCAUCUCCUAACCACACCGGGGCGCUGUCGGCCCACUCCAGCGGCGUUCAGACUCCAGACAGCUUAUCGAGAGAAGGCUCGCCUGUUCCCAUGGACCCCGAUCCCACGCCUGCUCCGGCUCCGGCCAUUCAGCCCAAACUAGCAGUCAUACAGGAGGCCUGCUUCACACAGAACGCUCCAGGUUCACCUCUAAACACCCAACCCGUUCUCAUCACAGUCCAGCGCCAGCUUCCGCAGACCAUCAAACCCGUGACCUACGCCGUGGCCACGCCGGUGUCCGCUGCCGCUUCCCAGCAGCCCGUCAUGCAGACGCUGCACGUGGUGCAUCAGAUCCCUGCGGUGUCCGUGGCGGCCGUGACCGGACUGUCUACGAGCAACACGCACGUGGCGGAGCCCGUGUUCACCCAGUCCAGCAUCGUCACAGCAGGAGCGCACGAGAACGGAGAGCACCAGGAGGUCAAAGUGAAAGUGGAGCCGGUUCCCGCCAUCACGGCCUCGUCUAUAGGUGGGACGGCUCGUAUUCUCCAGACGUCGCAGUCCGGCCCCAUACAGACGGUCACUAUAGUGGGCCAGCAUCAGCUGCCCGUCAAGGCCAUCACGCAGAACGGGACGCAUGUGGUCGCGGCGGUGCAGGGCUCCGGCAGCACGGCGAGUCCGCUGCACAUGCUGGCGACGCACGCCUCGGCCUCCGCGUCCCUCCCCACCAAACGGCAGAACGGAGAGCAGGCCGAGCAGCCCGACGCCAAGAGAGUGAAGACCGAAGCCGUCACCGCAGAGAGAGACAAGCAGACCGACACCAACUAGGCCAGCCGUCUCUGACCUUUGACCUCAACGCGUUUUUUUGUUUCUCCCCGCCUGCCGCGCACCUGCUGCACCCGCGUCACCCGUUAAUGAACCCAAGGUGCCAAAUAGUGAGGUGAGAUGAAAUGUCAGUGGUUUUUGGAGAGAUGUGAGGAUUAGAUUAUGAGAGAGAGAGAGAGAGAGAGAGAGCGAUGCUGUUCUGGAGGAGGGAGGGAGGGACCUUUUACACCAAUAGGUAAAUACUCACAGAUAUAUGCACACACAUAUAUUAUUAUAGCCUACUUGAAGUUACAGAAUGAAAUGUAUUAUCUGGGCGUAAACCCAGCAGAGAAGGUCUCCAUCACGAGAGUCUCGGGCUGAAUGCGGAUGAAGAGCAAACAGACGAACCCCCUUUUGUGUUCCCCGAACAAACACCCGGCCAAUGACCGACAUAGAUAUUUAUGUGAUCGUCACGCAUGUGUAUCAGACGUGUGCUCGCCGUUCCCAGAGUCCUGAACAUUCAGCUGAGACGACAGGUCAGAAACGGACUUGCCAAACAUCAUUUCAGACCGAUUAGCUCUUAAAAUGUGAACCUGCUCACCAUUUCAGCUUCAGAUUCACACAUGGAAAAAAUGAGCGUUUUUCCCUUGGGCAAAGGGAAAUGUGGGCAGGUUUUUCCAGUCUCAUGGCAGCUAGCCUCCAUGUCCACCUACCUAAUGCAGUCUUGAGUAGAUAUGCAGUAUUUUGUCGUACGUGUUCUUUAGGAUCUUAUUUGUGUGUGUUUCCUGAGGCACAAAUACUCAACAGAAACAGGCAGCGCUGAAACUCAUUCGGCUUUUUUCAUUCUGUUUUAUUUUUAAAGACGUGGACUUGUGGUCAUGGAAAUGAAUGUAGUUACUUCAUUCUUAUUUUUAUUUUUUUCAGACAAAAGAAACACUAUCGAGGGUUUGAGUUACUCGCUAUUACAUCAGAUCAAAAUGAUGUUUACUCGCAUCCUCUUUUUUUUUUUUUUUUUUCAUAUUUUAACCAGUAACCUAUGAGAUAGAUAUAUUUCCAUUUGUACUUUGUUAAAAUAUAUCAGCUUGCAUGAACGUGUUGAGAAAAUGUGCUGUACCCGAUUCGAUUCCUGACUGCGGGAACCUGCAGAGGAUGAAAGAAAAAAAAAUGCAAAAUAAUAUUUUAUACAAUUGGGAUCAUUACUGCACUUACCUUUCGUUUCUAAUAUUUCCUUUCCUCCCCAAUGUUUUUCCUUUUCUAUUGGAGAUGUCGUUGGCUGUGUUUGUUAUCUUUGUGUUGAAGUUGAAGUCUCUUUGCCUGUUAAUAAUAUUAUUUUAUUCUGUUCAAACAUCUGAAAGAGUCUACACAGAUAGUACAUGUUCCACACGGAAAAAUAAGUGGUAGAUGUUGUUCAGCUUCAGUGGGUAUAUGCAUUUUUUUUAUAAAUUAAAUUAAAAACUCCAUAACUUC